AUGGGGUACAAGCUUUUGGCACUGAUGUGUGUGAUGGCUUGCGCUUGGGCACAGGCGCCCGACCAGCGAAGCCAGCACACCACCACACCCGUCCCCAUCCUGCGGCAGAUCAACGAAGUCAACGAGGACGGGACUUACACCUAUGGCUUCGAGGCCGCUGACGGAACCUUCAAGCUGGAGACCCGCGACGAAGAAUGGCAACGUCAAGGGCAAUCUGUUCCUGUGCCGGCGAUCCCCGCUGUUCCCGCAGUUUCCACGGUGCCGCAGCAACAGGUAUCGAACCCCAUUGCCCCUCAACUUCCACAGUUGGCUUCCCUCCCUCUCCUCCCCAGACCCCAACAGUUCAGAAUUGUGCCUCAAGCAACUCAGCGCCCCAUCAACAUCGAACUCGACGGCUUCUCAGAAGACAGAAAUGAAGACGGUUUCGUCGACGGCUCUCCCGAGGAAGCCGCGAAGCCUCAGUUGACUGCUCAGCAGAUCCAGCAACAGCAGCAAUUCCUAGCUGGCCAACAGAGACUCGUGCCACAGCAGUUUGCAGCUCCUCUGCCUGCCCCACAACAAUUUGUUCCUCAGCAGUUCCCCGCACAGACCUUCCCCCCCAACAGUUCCCUGGACAACCCUUAG